UGUUCUGGAUAAAACUGGCAAGGUAUCUUCAAGGGUUGUACAUGAAAAAAUUAACAACAAGACAUCUGCACACUACCUCAUGCAGGUGUGGAUCCAGGAUUUUUCUUAGGAGGCAAUGCACCACUAAGGAAUGAUUUAACUGAGUUUUUUUUUUUUUUUCUUUUUUUUUUUUCCACAAAAUACCAGUCAUAUUAGAAAGGCAUAUGUCAUCUCAGUGAGGGGGGUGCACUCCUGCACCCUCCCCUUAGAUCCGCCCCAGCCUUGAAACUGAGACUCCCUUCUCUGUCUGCUAAGUCAGAGACACAAGAAAGCGUUUGCUUGCAACCGCUUCAUUGUUUGAUCAGCUCCCGUUAACAACCAGGGACGAAUAAAUUAAAAAUAUUGUUUUUUGUCAAGUUUUAAUCAGUUUUAUAACUUACACAUGGCAGAUAGGAUUCAAAACGCUGUCCGUUUGCAAGGGAGUCACCACCACCCCACCCCCAGCCAGGAGAAUUAGAUUAGCUACCUUAUGCUGUAACUGUGUCACUCAUGAGAAAUGCUUUUUUGUUGCCUAUUUCUGGCUACUUUCUUUUGCAGCCAUUUCUUUUGGAACUGUCACGCAAUGCUUCACACGUGAUAUCCCAAAAAGUGGUUGCGAAGGAGACUAGACCUUAGCAGAUGAGUGACUGACCCCUCAUUUACAUACUAUUUGCAUAAUCUGAUCACCCACUGCAAUUCAUAACUUGGUAUUGCAAUUUUUUAGGUCAGAUGGCCCCGGCAAUUUCUACAGCUUUUGAAGCAUUUCUUUAUAAUAAUUUCUCACAAGAGUUCACUAAUUAAUGAAAGGAUCUCUCAUAAGUGACUGCUUUUUUCUUUUUCGUAGAAACAACAUGAUUGAAGAAGUUGUUGCCCACAUUUUCACAGGAUUUGUAAAUGUUGUAGCUGGUCUUCACCUGUCCGCAGUGCAUAAACCUUCAAUAUUAGACAUUGCAAAUACUUCUCAUCACCCCUGUCUUGGCAUUUGCUUUAUUUCGCUUUUUCGGUGGCCACUGGUUGCUUAAUUGGCACCUGAGGAAGACUUCACGAUAUCUAGAUUUGUGUAACUUGCCUAACGAGUACAAAACAUUGUUGCUGCCCAGAGAUACAGCAAAAUGGCAUUACCAGCUUGCUGGGAGCUCAGCUGAUCAUGGGUUUGGAUUUUUUCCUCUGCUGAGUUCAAACUCAGGGAUAUUUCCAUGGUCAAAACCACAGAUGAUUCAAGAUGUUGAUGUGAAUAUAUUUUAUAAGCCAUUGUGUGUUAGAAUUGACCAUUUGAUACCUACAUCACCUGGAUAUUGCAAGGUGGUUGUCAAUGGCUUCACUCAAGAUGCAUUUUUGCAUGACUGCAUUGUCAAGUGUGGAUCACAGUCUUUGCUUUCUGGAAGGUUAGUUUCACAAAAAAUAGGAGAAGAGUUUGCCACAGCAGAUGUGGAAUACAACUACCCUGCAGUAACAUUUAAAGCAGUUUUGGAUGGCCCUCGGGGAAAGUUUACAUUUCAUAGCGAUAUUGUCUUUGGAAUCAAAAUAAUCGACUCUGCAGAUGUAGCUUAUGAUUGGUUCGUGCGAGUGCAAGAUAUAUUUCCAUAUCAACUUCUCGACAUUAUCAGGGCUACGGGAUGCUACUUAGUUCACAAGCAUUGUUUAUCACAUCAUAUCUCGCAUGAUUUUGAUUGGAGAAUUACAUUUGCUGAAGCCGAGUCAAAGCUUUUUGAGUAUCAUUCUGACAAGACAGCACUGAAAUUGUGUUACGUUGUCAUCAAAUUUGCAAUCAAGCAGUUCAGUCAAGUAAAGAAGAGAAGUUAUCUAGCCCUAAAAUCCUACCAUUUAAAGACUGUUGUCUUGUGGAUUGCUGAGCAAAGUGGAAAGCUUCCUUUUGAUGUGUAUACAAUUGACAACAACAGCACACUAGGGGCACUGUUGUCACAUAUCAUAUCAACAUACAGGCAACAUCUACAUGAAGGAUAUUUACAACACUAUUUUAUAAGGGGUGUAAACAUUUUGGAGCCCUAUGGUGUUGAAGAAUGCACAGCAGCUAUGCACUUGUUAGAUGAGUUUAAUAGGAAGCCACUGGCUACUGUGUCUAAUUUUGAUAAUGCUAAUAUGAACCGCUGGAAAUUUGAGCAGUUUGUCAUUGUUAGUCAGCUUGUUGUGGUGGCAUGCUUGUGUUUCAGCUGUUAUUUUUCAGUAGUUGGUGAACUAUUUGUGCAGCAAAUCUAUGUAGUGUGUGCUGUAUUUGGUUUGAUAAUGAUUGUAAAAAUACUUCUAGAUUGAUGCAUUGCUGUCUAGUUAUCAGGGUUUCGUGGUAUUAUUUUUAUAAUAUAAUGCCAUUUGCUCUUAUUGACACAUCUGAUUUCAUGAUCUAACUGACAUUUUUAAAACGUAUCUCACAAGAAAUUUUCACAGUUGCCUUGGAAAGUGAGAGAAUUGAACUAAAGUCCAUAUUCAGGUGGCUGGUAACAGUUUCCAGAUUUUUCCAGUAGUUAUACUUUGAUGGCUCAGUACUACCACAUUUUAUCAACUGAUGUUGUAAUAUUAGGUAUCACAUUAACGACCAAUCAUUGUUAAACAAUUGUGGUCACCUUUAUGGUAUAUUAGGUUACCAUAGUAAUGAUACAGCUUGUUAAAAAUUCCAGCUUUUUAAAAGUGCUGCCUUAUAACUCAAAAA